AUGAGCAUAUUCAACCAAAAAUCGAAAUUCAAAGUCAAGACGGAAGUCCGCAAGGUCAAGCAAGCCGUUGCGCCGACACCCGAAAGGAAGAUCGCUACCGCCCACAGAUCUAACGGACACGGUAGCGCCCACGGCACGCCGCGCGGGUCGCCUACUCCUUCGUUAACGCUCGCCGCCAAGCGCCUCCAGGUGCCCCAAAACAGCAAUGGCAACCGCCGGUCCCCCUCUGAUACCUACUCCCGGUUAUCCCCCGCAUCAUCAUCAUCACCAGCCGGCUCUUCCGGUCUCCUGAACCCGGGCCGUAAACGACGCGCGCCCGCAAACAGUCGAUCCCCCGCGACCGCUAGCCCCGUUCCGGUGUUGAGCGACUCCGAGCCCGGGUCGGACGAUGACGAUGACUGGCGCGACCGGUUAGACCCGAGCAAGCGAACCAAGCGGGCGCAUACGGAGGACCCGGACCGGAGGGUGAGACAUCCCAAGUUAUGGGCAGGGGAGGGCGAGGAGGAGAAACCGCGCAUCGUCCACGCAGUGGAUGUGGCGUCGCUUGAGGAUCGGUGUCAGCCGGUGAUGAAGCUGGCGCGGGACGAGGUCGGGGUUCGAUUGCGGUAUCCCGGGUCGAAGCACAUGGAGCGUUACGAGCUUGUGUGGGGUAAAGAUAAGAUCGACGGCGCCCAGGACAUCAUGAAGGUGGUCCGACUGAUGGCGUCCGUAUACCUCACCAGCGCCGAAGCGAAGCCGUUUACCGACCAUAACAAUGGCAUAUACCGUCGACUGGAGAAGAGCAAGAACACCAACGACGGUGCUGGGUUCAAGGCGGCUCUAGCCGACUACAACGAGCAGCUGCUGACCCUUCAGAAGAAAGGGAUAAUCGCUAGAAAUAUCGACGCCAUGCGGGGUGUGCCGAGAGAGCUGGUCGAAUUUAUCCUUGACCAGGUGUAUGAUCGCACCGUGGCGCCCAAGGUCGAGCUUUUGGCCAAGUACGAGAACGGCAGCGACAAUGUCUACGGCGAGCUGCUCCACCCGUUCGUGUCGGACAUCUUUGAUCGCACCAAGCUCAGUUCUGACAAGGUUUUCGUCGAUCUCGGCUCAGGCGUCGGUAACGUGACGCUGCAGGCGGCGCUGGAGCGCGGGUGCGAGAGUUGGGGCUGCGAGAUGAUGGAGAAUGCGUGCAACUUGGCGGAGGCCCAAAAGAAGGAGUUUACCGCUCGUUGUCGAUUGUGGGGUAUUGCGCCUGGCAAGGUGUACCUUGAACGGGGUGACUUCCGGAAGAGCGAGCGUACGAUGGCAGCGCUCAAACGUGCCGACGUCAUCCUGGUUAACAACCAGGCCUUUACAUCAGAGCUGAACGACAACCUCGUCAACAUGUUUUUGGACUUAAAGAUUGGUUGCAAAAUCAUAUCGCUUAAGACGUUUGUCCAUGGAAGCGGAAACUCGGAGAAUGAUGUGGCGUCUUCGAUCUUGGAGGUUGAACAUCACCGGUAUCCAGAGGGGUAUGUCAGCUGGACCGGGGCUUCCGGGACGUUUUGCAUUUCGACAAGGAGGUAG